AAAAAUAUUUCUCUCUCCUUCCAUUACGACCUAUCUUCGUCUCCAAACAUCCUUUAGCCUCCAUCUUCAUCUCCAGCCGCCUCCGUCUAUCUUCAUCUUCAGCCGCCUCUAGUCUCCUUCUAUCUUCAUCUCCAGCCGCCUUCAGCCGCCUCCAGCCUCCAUCUAUCUUCAUCACCGUCUCCAGCACCGUGACCCUCUUUCUCCAUCCUCCUCCAGCUGCCGUCUAUUUUCAUCUCCAGCCGCCUCCAGCCUCCGUUUAUCUCCAUCUCUGUCUCUAGCACCACGACUCUCUUUCUCCAGCCGUCUCCAGUCGCGAUACCCUGAAACCCUCCAGUCGCGAAACCCUAAAACCGUCUAAUCGCGAAUCCCUAAAAUCCUCUAGUCGCGAAACCCUCUACAGGAUAACGUUCCAGGAUUUGGCUGUCCUAGUGCUAUUGAUAUUUAUAUAGUUUAUUUCUCCCAAUUCAUCAAAAGGAGAGGAUGCCUAGACGAAAGAGGAUAGACGAUGAAGACACUGAUACAGAAUUUGAAGUCGAAACAAUUCGACCCAAAAUUAAUGCACCUGCCAAGAAGAUUGGUGCAAACUCUAAACGCCCUAGAAUUGAAAUAUCCCCAGUACCUAAAAAAACGUCUAAAGUUGUUUCAAGAAGACAAUCCCCACAGAAAAAAAAAAUGGAUCCUAAACGACUAGUUGUCUCUACUCCUAAAUCACCAAACCCGACUCAACUCCAAAAACAAAAUAAAACAUCCAAACAACCAACUCCCAGCCAUGAUGUAUCAACUCUCCAACCAGUAUCAUCUGCUGGUUUGGAGACUCAAUCAGACCGGCCAGAAACAUUCAACAAUCAUGCACUCGUCCUUGAAGAUCCAAUCCCAACUCAUCCAACCUCAAAUGUUGCUGAUCAUGAUGAUAUAAGGGCGGAGGACGGGAUAGCUAGUGUUUGUAAAUCUUCUAAGACGUACAUCGAGGUUAAUGGAGAAAACUUCAUUCCAGAUAUCUUGAAAGAUAUACAUCGGAUAGUAACGGGAUAUUGGAGGGGGGCGUAUUUAAAUUGGAAUCAAGUGCCGGAAGACAUUAAAAACACAUGGUGGGAACAUUUUACGGAGAUGUUUGAGUGGGAUCUAGUCUCAGAGGGGGAUGUAAACAAACUUUUUAAGAAGAAGGCGGGUACGAAGAUAAGGAAUUUCAUAACUAGGGCAAAAGCAGCAAUGAAGAAGCCACCACAUGUCACACUGGAAGACUGGGCGCAAAUGAAAAUUAACUUUGAAGAACCUAAAUAUUCAGAGAAGUGCACUAAAGCUAAAGGACAUAGACACGAUUACACGUCAAAUGGUGGGGCGACGUACUGCGGUGGUUCCAUAACGGCGGAAGAACAUCAGAGAAGAUUAGCACGGGAACUAGGAAGACUCCCAACCAUUCUUGAAACAUUUGAAAAAACGUUUAAAAAAAAAGAUGGUACUUGGAGUGGGAGCAGGGCAGCAGAAGUUGUGGAAACUUUUAGUCAGCUCCAUGAAACACAAAAUUCUGUUCAACUAGAAGAAAGAAAAACCGACACUGAAUUGUGGAUGGAGGCGGCUGGAUCGAGCACUAGCGGGCGGGUGUUUGGAAUCGGAUAUAUGGGUCGAAAACAAGUGUAUCAAGAUAAUCGUUCCAGCACCAAGCUAAGUUUGGAGGUGAACACUCUGAAGGAAACAGUGACUGAAUUGAAGUUGGAGAAUUCAGAAAAACAGAAAGAAGUUGAGAAUUGUAAGCUGGAAAUCAAUACACUCAAAGACCAAUUCGCCGAGAUGAUUCAAUUAAUGAAGAAAAGUGGACAACCUACUCCCCUAACAAAUACAACUCCGGAAGGCGGAGACGUAUGAAAAGGUAUGGCUGAAAUGUGGAUCUUCCAUGACAUUGAUGAUCUUUUUGGACUAUAUCAAUGGAUGAUUUCAUUAUUUUAUGGACAAGGUUUGAGAAAUUAUAUUUUGGAAAGUUUGAAUUGAAUUGAAUCUGAUAUGUAUGCUGUUUGACUUGGUUAUGUUUGAGGUUAAUUAUGAUGUUUGAAUUAGUUAUGUUUAAGGUUUGAGAAAUUAUUUUUUGGAAAGUUUGAAUUGAAUUGAAAUUGUGGUUAAUUAUGAUGUUUGAA